CUCCAAUCGCCGCAACAUCAACAGUUCCUGCCCAGGAGGCAAAUGGAACUAUCCUGCAUCUGCUCUGAGCGUCAGAAGGUUAUUUGGUUACAUUUUAAGCACCGUCUCUGAGCUUGUGGACUCUCUGGUAGCACUUUUUACAAAAUCCUCCGCUGGAGAAAGCAGGUUUGGACAGAAUUCGGAUCUCUCCUUUUUUCUGAUUGAAUCACUUUUUCCUUUCGGUUUUUGUAGCUUGAAGGCAGCUAACUCACCCCCCUCCCCACCUCCCUCCAUGCUAUGUCUGUCUCUAUCUCUACUCUCCUUUUCCUCCCCUCCCAUCGGUCUUUGAGGACAAUCCUAAAAGCAGCGGCUCAUUGCUUUGCGCAUCUCCUUUCCUGUGUUGCGAAGAGGAUUAUAGCUAAACCCAUUCUAGGUGGACUUGUUUUAAGGAAUUUUUGACAUUUUGUGGACAAAACGGGGUAACAUCCAGUGACAAAAACAGGGGGAGGAGGCUGAGUCCCCUACUUGGUGACCCCUGAGGGUGGUAUAAGAGGAGCGGAUAAGUCAAGAAAGGCUAUAGAGAGUACACCUUACACACAUCUAAGUUAUUUAUAGCUUUCUGGAUCUGGACUGAACUGUUUCUGAAUGAUCUGAUUGGUUGAUUGAAUAUCGGGCAUUACCAGGAGAAGAACUUAGAGGAUUUCAGCCGAAACCUGCUCCGCACUUUACUGCAAACUCCACCUGCACAUCAGAACUGAUUACCUGAGAAAUGGCCGACGCAACUUGAUGAUUAUUGUAAUAAUAAAUACAAUUUUUAACUCACGCUGUCUUCGAAGUCAUUUUCAAUAGAUCACCGCAGAUUAAAGUGCAUAAAAAGUACCACGGACAGUUUCGCCUCAUCAGCAUCUGCUUGGAAACAGUUUCCCACCUUAAGCGGUUUCUGGGAAUCCAGAUUGGAGAUUGGAAGUUAUUUUUGGCGGCGCAAAGUAGAGCGACUCCUUCCACGCCACAUUCCGGGCAGGGAAGGAGGAGCGCAGAGGGUGCGCACAGGGUCGCUGACUCACGUCCUCCGUCUUGGAAGUAAGGACCGGGACAGACGGAGGAGAGCGCAGCGGAGCGGAGGGGGGUGCGUAACUGCGGUUAACUGGAGCGGACUUCAGCUUCACCGCAUUUUGGAAAAAGACAAGAUUGGAUUCCGUCUGCAGCCGCCGAGCCUGUUAAUCUGUGAGAUUCAAACUAGCAUCAUUUGGAAAGAAGGAGCAGAAGGAGAGAAGCUUUUUUCUUUCUUUUAACGCAGUUUUGUGUCUGGAAUCAGAGGACAGAGUCAGAGGUGGGAUUAUUUCUACGCAUUUUCCUCCAAUUCGGCACUGGGUCAUCUGCUCCUCUUGGAUUCAGAAUUAGUUCCAUCAAAGCGUCAGUGACAAAAACGAAGAAGAUGAGGAGUAUGAGCCACCUGCCUGUCAGCUUCAUAGUGCCUCAAGACCCAUGAAAAGCAAGGUAGCUUCUGUUCCAAGAAAAAGGAGCAGCUCAUCCAAGCUAACAAAGAGAGGUGCCAGUGGAGAACAGGGAGAUGAAGACCUUAUCUCUCCUUUUCCUUCUCCUCCUCUUUGCCUCGGGAGCAUGUGACGAUGUCAAGUACAUCAGCAAGAGAAAUUCAGUGGAUGGAUGCAUUGACUGGUCGGUAGAUCUGAGGGAGUACCACGUCCUGGCCGGUGAGCCUGUUCGGGUCAAAUGUGCCUUGUUCUACAGCUACAUACGGACCAAUUACACCAUGGCCACCAAUGCCAAGCUGCGUCUCAUUUGGUACAAGAACAAAGGUGAUGCAGAGGAGCCUAUCAUCUUCUCCGGUCACAGGUUGAGUAAAGAAGACGACUCCAUUUGGUUUAGAUCUGCUGAACUGGAAGAUAAUGGAUUCUACACUUGUGUUCUAAGGAACUCAACAUACUGCAUGAAAGUGUCCAUGUCUAUGACUGUGGAGGAGAGCGAUGAGGGAAAAUGCUUCAGCAGCAAAAUCCGGCACCUGGAGAAGGCCGAAGUAACCCACAGCAAAAUGAUCACCUGUCCUGAUUUAGAAGACUAUCUGGCUCCCUACAAACAACCGCAGAUGACCUGGUAUAAGGAGUGUGAGCGAGUGGAAUGGAGAAGCUCCGUUACCGUUAACACCACACAUAUCUGGAUUCCCGAGGUGGAGGAGGGCGAUGGGGGGAACUACACAUGUGAAUUACAGUAUGGAUCUAGAGUGGUGCGACGAACAACGCAACUCAAAGUAACAGCCCUGCAGACGACUCAGCCUCCCAAGGUCCUUUUUCCUCCAGAGAGACAAGACACGGUGAUAGAAAUCACACCUGGUAUGCCCCUCAGUCUGGACUGCAAGGCCUUUUUUGGCUACAGUGGAGAAAACAGGAGGCCCAUCAUCUACUGGAUGAAAGGAGAAAAGUUUGUGGAAGAACUAGCAGGACACAUUAAAGAAAGUGAAGUCAUGAUCUUGAGGGAACAUUUAGGAGAGAAGGAAGUGCAGCUGUCCCUGACAUUUGAUGCCGUGGACGAGGCAGAUCUGGCUAAUUACACCUGUUAUGUUGAGAACCACAUUGGGAGGCGCAGCGGGAGUGCAAUACUGCAGAAGAAAGAUAUGUAUCGCUUGGAACUGGCAGGUGGUCUCGGGGUCAUCCUGCUGUUGCUGGGUAUCCUAACCGCUCUUUAUAAGUGUUACAACCUGGAGAUCAUGCUCUGCUACAGGAGACACUUUGGGAGCGAUGAGACCGAAGAUGAUAAUAAGGAGUACGAUGCCUAUCUCUCGUAUACUAAAGUGGACCUGGACUCUUUGGGCAGGACGAGCAGUGAUGAGGAGACCUUUGCUCUGGAGAUCUUGCCAGACGUUCUUGAGAAGCAUUACGGAUACAAACUAUUUAUACCAGACAGAGAUUUAAUACCCAGCAAUACCUAUAUUGAGGACUUGGCGCGCAGCGUGGAGCAGAGCAGGCGUUUGAUUAUUGUUUUGACUCCGGAGUUUGUUGCCAAAAGAGGCUGGAGCAUCUUCCAGAUAGAGACUCGUCUCCACUCCAUGCUGGUUACAGGGGAGAUCAAGGUGAUCAUGAUUGAGUGUGCAAACUUGAAGAAUGUCAUCAACUACCAAGAGGUGGAAACACUGAAACAUACAAUCAAGGUCUUAUCGGUUAUCAAGUGGAGGGGUCCAAAGAGCAAUGAGCUUUCCUCAAAGUUUUGGAAGCAGGUGGUUUAUGAGAUGCCGGCUAAACGGAGAGAGACUCUGUCCAGGCGUCAGGUAAUGGACUCCGGUGAACAGGGCCUCUUUGGUGACCUACAGACCACUGUGUCCACUAUUGCCAUGACAACCACCUCUGCCUCACUAGCACCCCCUAAUGAGAAUCGCCAUGGCCAUCAUCAGGUUGCCUUGGCAACGGAGAUCCCUGACUACAACCAAAUGACCUUGCCACUGGGAGGGGGUCACACUGCAACAGCAGCCCAAAUGCGACACUUCUGCCGCAGCUAUGAGUUCCAGCUUCCCCCGCAACCUUCUUCUAUGUCGCCCCCCCUCCCGCCUACCUCCACAGUGCAAUUCUCCACCCUGGGCCCUGGGGGGCGCCAUAUGUAUUGCAACAUUCCCAUGACACUGCUGAAUGGACAGGGGUUCAGAGCAGUUCAUUGGGGAACAAGAGGUUUCUCAGAGCAGUACACUUGGGAAGAAGCCAGAUCUGCACCUGAACAGCACCUUCGUACCGCUCACCAGCAGAGAACUAAGCUCUGACAUCUGGUAGACAGACUGCUCAGUGGGUACCUGUUUAUGGACCGUUUUACAGAGAGCUUCUGGUGGAUUGCUGGAUACAACUGGAUUUUGUUGGGGUUUUUGACUUUGUACAGACUUGGGAAUUGGAUGUCUCCUCAGAGAAGACUGCCUAAGGACUGCUAUUGGGUCACCUCAUACCACCUCAUGAACAAGGAACCUUAUACAGAGUGGAUGAGGCAUGUCUUGAAUCUCCUUAGGUGUACUGAACAAAGACAAAUUCUAAAAAUAAUUGCACUCCAUGCUAGUGGGAGGGAACUGGCUGCAAACUAAUACCAACUCGGACUCCAAAAGACGAUCACUGGAUGGGAUUGCUGCAGCUGACUGGCCAACAACAUGCCCCACCGGGCAUAGAAAGGUGUGGUUUUUAGACAGAUGCAUGGAUAAAAGUACUAGAAAAUAAUGCAAACCAGCGUUUAUGGAAAUCGAUUGAUUUGGAGGCUACUCGAGCUACAGAAGUGUCAGUCAACUGAAAUCUGUCAUUCUUUUCCUGAAUGUAGGAUGAUCCUCGGGAAAUCAGUCUAUCUGUUGACUACUGUAGGUGUUUUGAGAAAAUAAUCCACCUUAAAACAAAAGUCAACUUCUUGAAACACUUCUCUAUAGCUAGCUACCUGGUGUGGCUCAUAGAAACUGAGUUGGUUGACUUUGAAAUGUUUUUUAUACACUGUAAACCAUUGACUAAAACAGCAGACGAUUUUCUAGGAAACAUUCAAAUGAAAUAGUUAAGUGAAAGAUAGGUUACUAUGUGAAGUAAGACUGGUAACUGUCUACACCACCUGAUACAGCUGCGAACUCCAAGAUUAGUCAACUACGAGAAGCAAACUGAACCCGAGAUCAUCUUUUACCACCAAGCUAAACUGUAGUAUGGACUUGGCUUUUUCUAUUUGCAUGACCACCCAUUUAGAUACAAAAAGAGGAUCCAAUAAACAUAGGUAAAAGAGAAAAAUAAAACAAUCAUUUGUUGCAGCCUUUUUUAAAAUGAAGUUUAAAGAACCUGUUGUGUUGAUACAGUAUGUUUGGUUUCCUGUCCGGCCAUAGCGUGAUGGUUAAAACCUACAAAAAGGGAAAAAAGGAGGCGUACCUCCGAUUAAAAAUUUGAAUAUUUAUUUUAUCGUGUUUAAUUUAAGAGUUUUAUCCUCUUAGAGGCUCAACAGUUUUUUUUCCAGAAGCUUUGUUUUUACUGUCCGUUUGUUACAAGAAUCUCUGUACAGCUUCCAUUACUUCUGUAUAGACCUGAACAUGACAGUGAUUUUUUCUCAAGAUUUUCCAUUAGCAGCUGCAUUAAGACCAUGUGUUCCAGAGGCGUUUUGUUUUGUUCUCUUCCUCUUCUAAGGGAAAGAUCGAUGGAUCGCCACUACUAAUGGACUGAUGUUUUAAACUCCAGCGUGACCUGUCAGCCAGAGGGGGACCCGACCGCUGAAGCCGCUCUAACUCUAAGCUGAAUCAAACGUUCUUUUUGAGCUUUAAAGGAAAUAGAUUAGACCGCAGUAUUUAAGCAAUGUGGAUAAUGUUUUGAAUUCACACCGAGGGUACUGUCAUUGUCUUUUUAGAACCAAUGAAAUUCCGGAAAUUUGAGGUUGUUUGAUACAAUAAUUACUUAUAUGAGUUGUUAUAUUCUACGGCAAUAUACAGUAUAAUAGUUGUGGGUUUUUUUUUUCAUUUCUGCUCAUUUCUUGGACUAUUCUUUGAAUAUAUUUGUUGACAUUAUUUAACUGAGGGCAAAUAAAAUGCAUUAGUUGUUUUA